AAGAGACCAAAAGGAAAGAGGAUUAACCGCAGCACCCCCCCCCCCAAAGAAACCGGCAAACUCUUUCUCUGAGGGAGGACCCGAAGGAUUAAAAGGCAGCGACUUCGGAGGCGAUUUUGUCCCCUGAGUUAUGGAUGUUGGUGCACUUACUUCAGGCCAGAUCAGAGCGGAGAGGGGGCUGAGCAGGAGCGGGCAGCACCAGCUCUCCGCGUGCCCCUUCCCCGGCUUUCCCCUUCCAGCAUGUUUCUGUUGACGAGCCUCUCUCCAGCGCCCAGAGGUCCAGUACAAUGUGCAAAUGGAUGCUGACAAAUGGUGCCUCCGCCUGUUCCCACCUGCCUCGCCGUUGCCGCCGCCGCUGCUGCCUCCUGCUGCUGCUCCUCGUGUCUUCCGUGGCUGUCACCUGCCAUGACCUCGGCCAGGACAUGCGGUACCCGGAGGCCACCAACUCUUCUUCCUCCUCCUCCUCCUCCUCCUUGUCCUCGUCCUCGUCCUCGUCCUCGUCCUUCUCCUCGCCUCCCAGUGCGGGGAGACACGUGCGGAGCUACAACCACCUCCAGGGAGACGUGCGCUGGAGGAAGCUCUACUCCUACAACAAAUACUUUCUCAAGAUCGAGAAGAACGGCAAGGUCAGCGGGACCAAGAAGGAGAACUGCCCCUACAGCAUAUUGGAGAUAACAUCUGUGGAAAUUGGAGUUGUUGCAGUUAAGUCCAUUAACAGCAACUAUUAUUUAGCCAUGAACAAGAAAGGAAAAGUCUAUGGCUCUAAAGAGUUUAACAGUGAUUGUAAACUGAAGGAAAGAAUAGAAGAAAACGGAUAUAACACAUAUGCAUCCUUAAAUUGGAAGCACAAUGGAAGGCAAAUGUUUGUGGCCUUGAAUGGAAAAGGAGCUACAAAGAGAGGACAGAAAACAAGGAGAAAAAACACCUCAGCCCACUUUCUUCCAAUGAAUUUAAAGGACGUGAGACAAUCUGUUGAAUGAUCUUCGGGGAAAGUUAUUUAUGGAAUACUAACUCAUAUCAAAGACCUUCAUUGCUCAUUCAAGCCUAAUGAUCCAAUGAACAGUUAGACAUGCAAGCAUUUACUGGAAGCACUUGGGUCAUAUGCACAAAAGAAGUUUCUGGAGUAGCCUCAUGGAAGAAUGGAUAGGAUUAAGAAAUAUAAGCACAUUAGAGUAAAACUGUUCUAACAAAACGAAUAGUAUGGUCUGUCUGUAUAUUCUAACUUCAGUUCUUUUUAUUUCUCUCUAAGUUAUUUAUUUAAUAGGAUGUUAAAUAUCCUUUUUGGGUUUAAAUGUUUUUUCUCAUUUCAUUCCUUGUUUUUUUUCCUUUUCUCAGCUUUUCAUACAGAGGUUGAUGGAGGAAAAUUUCAAGUCCUCAUGAACUGAGACUAGUAAAUGGACAAGGUUUUAAAGGCAGCAGUUAAUGUGUUUAAUCUGUUUUCUUCUAACCUGGUUUGCACUUAAGCAAAAAGACCCAGCAUGUAGUGUUUGGAUUUUUGGCAUGCCUUGGGUGUGUUUAUGUCUGUGAGACCUCCUACCUGCCAUCACUCAUGAGCAAACUUCCAGAAAUAUGUUGUAUGAAGGGUCACGCUGCUGUUAUGAAAUGGACAGAGAGGGGUAAAUCUGUGUUUGUGUGUAUGUAUGUGCAUGUGUGCGUGUACACAAAUGUGUGUGAGUAUACAAAUGUGCGUGAGUAUAAGUGUAUUCAGCUUUCAUUGAUUUCUAUUUGGAACUCAAUUAGAACCUUGGGUCUGAUCCUAAAUCCAGUGCAAUCAGAUGAAAUCUUUCUGCUGAUUUCAGUGGUUUUUGAAACAAGCCCUGAACAUGGACCCCACCCUACCCCCAUUAAAAUCAAUGAGACUGCAUAAAUUGAAGAAAGAACAGAAUUAUCCUAUAAGAACAUUUGAGGUCAGAAAAUCCUAUGAGAAAAUGUGGUCCCAAAGUGGUAGGUAAAGAAGAGCAUAAUUUUGCAUUCCUUAUACAGUUAACACACCUAUUCAAAACUUAUCCGUGUUACAAGCUCCUACCAUCAUGUAUGUUCACUGAGAGUGGUAUUGGAGUGAAGGAUAGGAUCUAAAACAUGCUAAAGUGUAUUAUUCUCAUGUAUGUGACAGGAGAGCCAACCCUGAAGCAACAUUGGUGUCCAGAUUUAGAAUGUCUUUCGUAUACAUCAUACUAAAACAUGACUCAGAAAACAAAAGUAUUCAACACUUUUUGGAAAGUGUUAAUUACUCCCAUGGCUUAAUUUGAACAAAUACAGUAUAGCUAAGCUAAACAUACUAUGAAGUCUGUUCUUCUUAAAAGGUACAUAAGGUUUGUUUUAUUUAACUUUUCUCUGUGAUUUUAGAGAGCUCUGGAUAGCUCAUCAGUAUAACCAUAUUGAGAUUCAUUUUGUUAGAGCAGGUAAAUAGAGAACAAUACAUCAACCAACAUGUACCACUGUCUUCACAUUGUAUUCCACUAAAUAAAUAAGCCUUCUUUGCAGUGUCUGUAGUGAGAAACAAAAAGUAGUAUAAUAUUAUUUUGUUUUAAAUACUUUAAGUGAUACCUAUGAGAUUAUAUUGAUGCUGCAGUUUUAUCUUCAAUACUUCUUGUUGUGAAAAAAGUUGGUUUUAUUUUUAUUGUUUGGAAACUGUAUUUUGGUACACGGAGAGUCUUGCUUAACAUUCUUUUUAACAAAGUUAAACCUCUAGAAAUGCUGGUGUUGUGAUCUUCUAUAACUUAUUUGAGUCAAUGCUUAACCAGCACUUCCAAUGUUUAUGUGUUAUUUAAGUAUUAGGUGUAAAAACAGAAGCUUUCCGAUAAAGUACAAAAUGGUCAGUUUGCAUUUCCUGUUCCUUAAAUAAAGUUGGCUGUUUUAAAAUAAAAAUGUCAUUUGAGGCACAGCAUCUUGGCUGCUAGAUAACACUGUAUUUCAUGACAGUUUAUUUCCAACCUACUUCUUGACUAAUGAGAUUCUUU